GCUGUCAGAUGGGCACCCGACGACGUCAAUGUGCAAAUCGAGUCGUCAGCUCCGCUGGUUCUGCGCGCGAGUAACAAAAAUAACAGUGAUCACCCCGUUCGAAAAACGCCAUGAAAUUAUCCGUGCUCCUACUUUUCGGGGCUGGUUUGUUCAGCGUAGCUUUUGGUAAGCCAGCGGGAAUAAUUCUGGGCUAUCAGGAUGGUUUGGGACAGUACAGUUUCGGUUACAGUGCGCCUUAUCAGGCACGUUCCGAGGUCCGUUCCGUCGACGGUGUAACGCGAGGCUCCUACAGCUACGUCGAUGGCGCCGGCUUGGUUCAAAGCACCGACUACACCGCUGACGGAGAACACGGUUUCCGAGUUGCGGCUACUAACCUCCCUCAAGCUCCUGUGCCCGUUCAAGAUACCCCGGAAGUUGCGGCCGCCAGAGCGGCGCAUUUACUUGCGGUCGAACAAGCCGCGGGAAGAAACAUUGAAGAUAAUCAACAAGCUGCAGCGGAUGAUCAAUCGGACGGUGUUUCCGUCGUAGCAGAAUCGUCGGCGGACGCGAAAUCGUUCAAAGACGAAGUUCCAUCGGUCGAGGCGGCUGCUGAACCCGGAGCGAAAGAAUCACCGGUCGAAGAAAAAGCGGAAUCGGUAGCGGAGGCGAAAAGCGUCGCGGCGGACGAGGGGGUCGAGAAGAAGGAUGAGUCGCAAAAUCAUCAGGAUGUCGAACAACAGCAGAAAGGUCGCGCGAUCGGAGGAGAGCAACAUGUCGCACCUGUAAUUGCAUCGGGUGCGGCGACACUCCCGGUUCCCCUCAUCCCUGUCAAUUUUGACGUACCUUCCGUCUCGGUUUACUCCGUUAGACCCGCCGGUGCCAAGGCCGAACAAGGAUCACUUCCGCAAGCAACGCCCGCUCAAGGACUAAUUACCCCCGCGGGAACGAAGCUGAAGAGUUUACCGGGUGGUCAAGUGAUCGCAGUGGCUCCUCGGGUAGCUUUGCCAAGUGAAUCGCAGGCAUCGGAAUCAUCGGCACAAGGUGCGGCGGCGUCAUCGGUCGAGACAUCGAGAGAUUUUCCACAUUACGAAAGAGCCCGUGCCGUAUUUGCUCCGGUAGUACCGAGCAUAAACGUGAUUCCUUACGGAUACGAUCCGACCGUAGCAUCUUUUUUGAGAUACGCACCAUUUCCAUACAUCGCUUAUAACGUCUUGUAAAUCACACACGAUCGAUUACUCUUCUUCUACUUUCAGCCGAUUAUAAUUGUGUACCUAUCGUAUUAUAUUUAAUCUACAUAUAUGCUGGAGAAAUAAAAAAAUUCUUACCGUA